CUCCCAGAUCAUCCCACCAGUGGCGAAGAGAGAAUAAGGAGAGAAACAUCUAGAGUGAAUAAGAAAGAUGGGGUUCGUCCGUGCCCUGUUCCUGCUGGCGAUGGUGUGCGUGGCGGCGCACGCGAAGGACUACCCCAAGGAGGAGGGCGCGAAGGCGGAGGGGCCGGCCGCCGCCUCGGGGGGCGGCGGCGGUAGCACCCACGACGUGGUGAAGCUGGGCGGCAAGGGCGACGGCAAGACGGACAGCACCAAGGCGGUCAACGAGGCGUGGACGGCGGCGUGCGCUGGCACCGGCAAGCAGACGAUCGUCGUCCCCAAGGGCGACUUCUUGACGGGUCCCCUCAACUUCACCGGGCCAUGCAAGGGCGACAUCGUCAUCCAGCUCGACGGAAACCUGCUCGGCUCCACCGACCUCGCCUUAUUCAAGUCGAACUGGAUCGAGAUCAUGCGCCUCGAAAGCCUCGAAAUCAGCGGCAAGGGCAAGCUCGACGGCCAGGGCGCCGCCGUCUGGAGCAAGAACUCCUGCGCCAAGAAAUACGACUGCAAGAUCCUCCCCAACACUUUGGUGCUGGACUUCGUGAACAACGGUCUCAUCAGCGGCAUCUCUCUGGUGAACCCCAAGUUCUUCCACAUGAACGUGUUCAAGAGUAAGAACAUCACCAUCAAGGACGUGACCAUCACCGCGCCGGGGGACAGCCCGAACACGGAUGGCAUCCACAUGGGCGACUCCUCCAAGAUCAGCAUCAUUGACACGGUCAUCGGCACCGGCGAUGAUUGCAUCUCCAUCGGCCCCGGCACCGAGGGCGUCAACAUCUCCGGCGUCACCUGCGGUCCUGGCCACGGCAUCAGCGUCGGUAGCCUGGGCAGGUACAAGGACGAGAAGGAUGUGACGGAUGUUACCGUCAAGAACUGCGUGCUCAAGAAGUCCACCAAUGGCGUCCGGAUCAAGUCCUAUGAGGACGCCGCCUCGGUGCUCACCGCCUCCAAGUUUACCUACGAGAACAUCAAGAUGGAGGACGUUGCUAACCCCAUCAUCAUCGACAUGAAGUACUGCCCCAACAAGAUCUGCACUGCCAACGGCAACUCCAAGGUCACCAUCAAGGACAUCACCUUCAAGAACAUCACCGGCACCUCCUCCACGCCCGAGGCCGUUAGCCUCCUCUGCUCCGACAAGCUGCCGUGCACCGGCGUCACCUUGAAUGACAUCAAGGUCGAGUACUCUGGCACAAACAACAAGACCAUGGCCGUCUGCAAGAAUGCCAAGGGCACUGCCACCGGCUGCCUCAAGGAGCUUUCGUGCUUCUAAACGAUCAACCCACGCUACAUCCUGCCACCACCACCAUUAUUUUUUCAUUUCUAUUUCUAUUUUCCAGGUCACUUAUAGUUUUUCUCUGGCGAUGCUCUGAUUGGAUUGUUCUGAUGCAGUCGGACUAUCCGACUGCUCUAUAGUCAGAUUGUCUGCAGUGGUACCGGACUAUCCAGUUAGUUCUAAGCUGUUUGUAAGUUUAAGAAAUUUUUGGAAAUACCUAUUCAUCCCUCUAGGUGACAUAUACAAUCCUCAAGACUCUUUCAAUCA